AUGGCACCAGACCGGGGAUCCGCAUCGUUGGAAAAUGAAAGAGGAGGGCAUGGUGAAGAGACGGAUGAUCAUGCGCUCGGCCGCAGUAGGUCGGGAGCACGUAGAUACCUGGCUGAGCAGGCAUCGCAACCGCAGAACUUUACACUUCGAGGUGUUUUGGUGGGCCUGGCGAUUGGUGUGGUGAUCUGCUUCUCGAACAUGUACUUUGGGUUGCAGACUGGUUGGGUUUCCGGCAUGGCUAUGCCUUCUGCUCUGAUCGGAUUCGCAUACUUCAAGGUCGUUGCAAAGACACUCAAGUUGCCAUUUACGCCAGUCGAAAAUGUUCUGGUUCAAUCUGUUGCGGGAUCGGUCGGCACCAUGCCACUCGGAUGCGGAUUCGUAGGUGUAAUUCCUGCUCUGAACUACCUGUUGAAACCGGAAGAAAAUGGACCUCUGGAUAUAAGCUUAUGGAAACUGAUCGUGUGGUCUGUGGGCAUUUGCUUCUUUGGUGUUGUAUUUGCGGUCCCCCUGCGGAAAGAGAUGAUUAUCCGAGAGAAGCUAAAGUUUCCGAGUGGCACUGCGACUGCUCUUCUGAUCAAGGUGCUUCAUGGAGAUGAGAAAUCAGAGACGAUGAUGGCACAUGAGGGAGUUCAAGAUAGAGACGAUCAGUCUGAUGAUGGAGAGGCACAGGGCCUAUUGCAAGGUUCAAGCGCGCAGCGGGAAGAGCAUGACCUCAGACCAUCGAUGGACGACAGCAUGAAAGAUCCAGAUCAGGAACUUGGAGAGGAUGGGGACUGGAGAUCUAAGAUCAGAUUGCUGCUUAUUUCUUUCGGCGGAUCCGCACUAUACACUGUCGUAUCGUACUUCAUCCCGCAACUCCACGAAAUACCCGUCUUCGGUUUGCCUUUGGCGCAGAACUGGCUCUGGACAUUGAAUCCUUCUCCAGCGUACGUUGGUCAAGGUAUUAUCAUGGGCCCUGCUACAACACUACACAUGCUUCUCGGUGCCAUCAUAGGCUGGGGUAUUCUUUCACCACUCGCCAAGCACAAGGAAUGGGCUCCAGGGCCAGUGUCGGAUUGGACGAACGGAUCAAAGGGCUGGAUCGUGUGGAUCUCUCUCGCGAUCAUGUUGGCAGACUCCCUUGUCAGCCUAGGAUGGCUUCUUCUGCGUCCAGUCAUCACGGUUGCGAGAGCUUACUACCCCACUGCAAAAGAGAACUUCCAAUCGCAUACCUGGAAGGAGAUCUUGACGCUGAAUAUUACGUCCAAGCCACAAUAUACGCAGCUCAGCGAUGGCACAUCUGUGAACCCGUUGACGGCGAUCAAGCAACAUCUCGCUGAAGGCGCCGAGCUUGACGCCCCGCCUGAGCACCUCAUCUCGAACCGCACCACCAUCAUCGGUCUCAUCGCAUCACUAGUUCUCUGUGUCGCUGCUGUCCACAUAUCGUUCCCGAACCUCAUCCCCUUCCGUCUUACCCUACUAUCGCUCGUACUAGCGCUCUUCCUGUCGAUUAUGGGUGUCCGCGCCCUUGGCGAAACAGAUCUCAAUCCCGUCUCCGGUAUCUCGAAGCUUACGCAGCUCGUCUUCGCACUCGUUACGCCAACUACCGGACCUGGUGCUAAGAAUGCCGUCAUUAUCAAUCUUGUUGCAGGCGCCAUCUCCGAGUCUGCGGCACUACAAGCAGGCGAUUUACUGCAGGAUUUGAAGUGCGGUCACCUUCUUGGUGCAGCACCAAAUGCGCAGUUCUGGGGUCAGAUGAUUGGUUCUGCAGUUGGUGCGGUAUUAUCAGCCGUUGUGUACAAGCUCUACACGAACGUCUACACCAUCCCCGGUGGCCUGUUUGAAGUUCCGACGGGAUAUGUAUGGGUCUUCACCGCACGAUUGGUGACAGGGAAAGGCUUACCGCCAAUGGUCAAGGAAUGGGCUGGUGGAGCGGCUAUCAUCUUCGCUGUAGGCACGAUGAUCAGAGUCUGGGGUAACAGCAGAAAGCAGAGAGGUCUUAGUGGUUGGUGGAUCGACUUCGUACCUGGUGGGAUCGCUGUCGCUGUUGGCAUGUAUAAUACGCCUUCUUUUACGUUAGCGCGUACAAUAGGCGGCCUGCUCAGUCUAUGGUGGCGGCGUUGGAAGGGUCGAAGCGAGACACCGAUCAUUGUGCUUGCGAGCGGUCUGAUCCUGGGCGAAGGACUGUUCAGUAUCGUGAACUUGUUACUGGCGAGUUUGAAGGUACCCCAUUUGUAA